CUAAUGCCGUUUUUCUUUUUGUUCAGGUUCAACCUAGGUUCGCCCCAGUUCCAACCUAACCGCUGUCAAAAUGUUUCUUUAUUCGCUUAGGUUCAACCUAGGUUCGCACCAGGUUGAACUUUUUAGACGACGGGUUCGCACUGACUUCUUUUACAGUUUGAACCUGUUGCACCAAUACACUGAUAACAUACAUCUGUCAAAUCGGUUUCGUGUUUACGUUUUUAGUAACAGUUCGUAGUUGAUUUCUCGAUUGAAAAAAGUGUGCAAAAAUGAGUAACCCGGGGGGAAAUCUGCUGCAUGGCGUUGUGCAGGCCGCUGUACAGGCGGUUUCCAGCUAUCUGAUGUGUGCAUCAUCAUCAUCAUCAUCAUCAGAAUCAGACUCUGACGAUCCUGUUUUUGAAGAUCUGCUGUUCAAGGCGUGUGGUCGGAAAGAUCGGCAGAAGAGGCAUCGGGUGGAGAAUUUUGUGGAAGACGUUGUCGCCAAAUAUUCCGACGAAGAGUUCCGCCGUAAUUUCCGCCUUAAAAGAUCAACAGCGGAACAUCUCGUGUCCAGAUACGAAGGUUCUGAGUUCUAUGUUGCAAAUGCUGGCGUUGGACGUAAGAAUGUUCCGGCAAAACAACAGAUGCUUUCGUUUCUCUGGUUUUGUGCAAACAAAAACUCAUACAGAGAGAUUGCCAAUAUGUUCAACAUGUGUGAAGCUACAUAUUUCAGAUGUUUGGAAAACAUUUUGAACUUUUUUUGCGAUAUCUCUUCAAUUGUGAUUCGAUUCCCAGAGUCGGAGGAAGAAAAACAACAAGUUGCGGCUGGUUUCAAAGGAAUUGCUGGCAUUGAUAACGUUAUUGGAGCCAUUGAUGGAUGCUAUAUUAGCAUCAGAAAGCCUGCCAACAAAAUCCGGUCUACUUAUAUCAAUCGGCAUGACAUGGUUUCAAUUACGCUUCAGGGAAUCUGUGACUCUAAGAGGCGGUUCAUUGACGUAUGUGUCGGAUCUCCCAGUCGUAUCCAUGACUCACGAAUAUUCUCUUUAUCACCGAUCAGUGAUCAACUGCAGGAGAAAUGUUAUGGCAGAUAUCAUCUGCUAGGAGACGCUGCAUACCCGUUGCGCGACUAUUUGAUCACUCCAUUCAAGGAUUAUGGAAAUUUGACAGCAAAACAGGUGAAAUUCAAUCUAGCCCACAGCCAAACCAGAGUAAGGAUUGAGAAUACUUUUGGGAUAAUGAAGAACCGUUUUCGACAGUUGAUGCGACUUGAUUUUUUUCGCGUUGAAAGAAUGAGCAAAUUCGUGCUGGCAUGUUGCACUUUGCACAAUCUUUGCAUUGACUUGGGCGAUGAAUGGGAAGAAGAAGACGAUGAAGAGGAAGAUGUGUUACGAGCAUAUCAAGGAGAACGAAACACACCAACAACAUCUGUUAGUGGAUCUCAAGCUGCCCGUAAUGCUGCUCUCCGUAGAUUAGGUGAACUGAAACGAGAAUCAAUCGCCAACAAUCUAAGCUCCCGAUGAAAUAUGAUUAUUUUCCAGCUUUUGAAUAAGUGCUGUUUGUAAAAAUCCUUUGCUAUAAAUGCACAUUUAAACAAUAACGAAAGUUUAGUUGCAAAUCUGAAUACAAUGUGUAACGUUAACUGUGUAGUGUUUUUUUUACAUUUUUGAAUGACAUCACCCUUCCUACUUAUGUCAUUUUCCCGACUCAUCAUUCAUUGGUACUUAUCUAGGGAUUCCAUUGAAAAUCCCUCUAGGCAUUCCAUCAGGGAUUCUUUCGGGAAUUCCUUCAGUGAUUCCAUCAAGAAUUCCUUCAGGAAUUGGCAAAUUUCCUAAGCAAUCCCUGGAAGAAUACCUCAAGGAAUACCUGGAGGGAUUCUCGAAGAAACCCCUGGAAAAAAUCCCGAAGAAACCCCAGGAGGCAUUCUAUAUUCCUUCCGGGAUUUGUCCAGGGAUUCUCUCGGAAAUUCCCCCAGUAAUUCUUUCUGGCAUUCCUCUAGGGUUCUUUUGGGAAUUCCUCCAGGGAUGUCUUCGGGAAUGCCUUUAGGGAUUCCUUCGGGAAUGCCUUUAGGGAUUCCUUCAGAAAUUCUUUCAGGGAUUCUCUCCGGAAUUCUUACAAGGAUUCCCUCGGGCAUUCCUCCAGGGAUUUUUUCGAGAAUUCCUCCAGAGAUCUCCCCAGGGAAUUAUUCGGGAAUUCCUCCAGUGCUAUGUUCGGGAAUUUCUCCAGGGAUUCCAUCGGAAAUUCUUCCAGAAACGCCUCCAGGGAAUCUUUCGGCAAUUUCUCCAGGAAUCGGGUAAUUUCCGAAUGAAUCCCUGGAAAUAUUCCCCAAAGAAUUCCUGGAGGGAUUCUUGAAGUAUUCGCUGAAGAAAUUCUCGAAGAAACCCCAGAAGGAAUUCUCAUUUCCUUCAGGAAUUUCUCCAGAGAUCCCUUCGAGAAUUCCUGCAAUGAUUUUUUUUGGGAAUUCCUUCAGGGAUUCUUUUGGGCAUUUCUCCAAUUUUUGGAAAUUUAAUUGGGAAUUCUUCAAGGGAUUCUUUCGGGAACUCUUCAAGGGAUUAUAUAGGGUAUUCCUGCAGGGAUCCCUUCGGGAUUUCCUCUAGAGAUUCUUCUGGAAUUUCUCCAGGAAUCGGGGCAUUACCGAAUGAAUCCCUGGAAAUAUUCCCCAUGGAAUUCCUGGAGGGAUUUCCGAAGAAAGCGCUGGAGAAAUUCUCGAACAAACCCCAGAAGGAAUUCUC